GGAGGGGAGCCAUAGAGCCCUGUGCAGUAACAAUGUAGCUUUUCUGUCUCUCCCAGGAACUCCUGCCAGUCUCUGAUGUGCUGUACACAACAUGUGAUCAUUCAGACUAAAUAUUGCAUGAUCCUCCCCUGUGAUCACUGGCUUGCUGUGAUCUGGAGACUUUGGCAGCUCCAUGCAGGCAGGCAUAUUGCACAAUAGAAGCUGCAAGGAGUUGCUGUUCCCAGUGCCUAGGUGUCAGGGCUGGGUGCAGCCAGUGGCCCCGGAGUCCUGGUCCUGAAGCGUGCAUUGUGGGGCUGGAGGGGCAGGAGGGUGACUCUGCAUUGUGGGAGUGCAGCACUGUGCAUGUGAACCAGGGAGGGAGGGAGGGUGUGAGUUGUGAUCUUUAGGAGAACUUUUUUUUUUCUCAUCUGAUCUCAAAGUUCAGCCCAGUUGACCUCCCAACGCUGAACUUCUCUACAACCCCAGUCUUGCCCUUGCAGGGACAUGCGAGAGUCCCUCCUGCAUUCUGUGUGCUGUCCCUGGAUCACCUCUGUGCCUGGGUGCUGCCUGGGUCCUUGAAGUAGGAGGCAUCAACGAGCGUCCAGCCCAGAGACGAAUAAGCCCCUGGUGCUGCUGCUGCUGCGUUAGUCGCAGAGAAGAUCACACACUGCAGCAGAGAUGGAUUCGAUCAGCCUGGCAGUCCUGAAGAUCGCCACGGAUCGGGAGCAGAAGGGGGAAAUAGACAUCAUCGGAGACCAGCUAAGGCUCCGGCUGCAUGAAGACAAGUACAUAAGGGACAGAAGGUACCAUCUGAGGACGUAUCCCAACUGUUUUAUGGCCAGGGAAGUGGUCGAUUGGCUUAUCGAUCGGAAAGAAGCCCCUGACAGGCCUACAGCUGUACAACUGAUGCAAAAAACCAUGGAACACGAUAUUAUCCAUCAUUCGUGUGAUGAAUACAAGGAUUUUAAAGAUUCCAGACGCUUCUAUCGCUUCAGAAAAGAUGAUGGAACUUCCCAGCUGGACCUAGAAAUGAUGGUUUUCUCACGAGGACAGCGCCUUUCUGAAAAGGUGAUGAACUCGGACAACUCUCUUCUACAAGCCAGAGAAGAGGAUGGAGUGAAAUACGAGCGUGCCUUUGUGGCUACGGAGAUGGUUACUUGGUUGAUCCAAGAACAAGAGUCCAAGAAUAGGGGUGAUGCGGAGCAGCUGUGUCGCCGUCUUCUGGAACACGCCAUAAUACAGCAUGUUUCAAGCAAGCACCACUUUGUGGACGGUCCUCUUCUGUACCAGUUCCGGCUGAACUUCAGGCGCAGGCGAAAGAUUAUGGAACUUCUCAUCAAGAGGCCGCAGACCGUUGUGGAGAGUCAGGACAGUCCGUUCUGCGUCCGGAAGCAGAGCCAUGACAAGUCAGCCAGCUUCAACUCUGUGAGCCCCAACAGCGAGGUGAAAGUUGCUUCGGCGGUCCGGCGGAGCAGUAUGACCAGCAGCAGCAGUAGCGGAUACUUCAGCAACAGCCCCGCCCUCGGCAACAGCCCACCUGUAGUACUCUGCAAUCCGAGGUCUGUUUUAAAGAGGCCAGUCACACUGGAUGAGCUCCUGGCCCCUGGGGCGCCAUACAUAAGGAAAACCCUGACUGUUGUCAGUGAUGCGGUGGGAUGGGGAUUUGUGGUACGGGGAGAAAAACCGUGUCAUAUACAAGCUGUGGACCCCACUGGACCGGCUGCUUCUGCAGGGGUGAAGAUCCGCCACUUUGUGGUAUCCGUGAAUGGCCUCAACGUCCUACAUUGUCAUUUCAGAGCUGUCAGCAACCUCGUCCUUACCGGCCCGCGGACCAUUGUCAUGGAAGUGAUGGAGGAGGUAGAACCGUGAAUUGCGGGAAGUGCAGGAGGGGGAAUGUGGCCGUUCCGGCUGUUCUUAACCAAAGCAAAACCAAUUCUCUGUUAUUCUGUGUUGGGAAAGUUGCCAGUUCCGUCCAGACCAGCCCUCCCCUCCUGCCACCGUUCUUCAAUUUUUGGUUUCUGAGCCUCAAUAAGCCUCCGCUGCUCCAAGGUGAAACUUGAAAAGAAACAUAAAAAACUGGACUAUGUUGUUGUUUCUGAUGUUCUCACAAAGAAUAAGCUGUGCUAAUAUUUCUCUAUGUACUGUAUGUGUGCUAUGUGUGGAAAUGGAAUAUAUUGUGAAUGCCUAACAUUCAAGAAGUGCCAUUACACAAUCACAGUGAUGUCUGUAAAUCUAGCAACGGGCCUUGUGUGCGACCAGCCUUUAUCAGCCAAUCACGUAUGUCCAUUUAUUAUCAAAAGGCAAACUUAGAGGCGGAUGUCUCAUAGGGUUUGGCAAAAGAUGAGAGAUUUUCUCUUCCCAUAAUGAUUACUGAGCAUACAAAACCACUGUGACUUUUCCUCUCCGAAUGUUGGAUAUUAUUUUCAAAGCCUGCACAGUAAAAGGACCAUUUCCUUUUUAUUUCUCCAAACAAAAAGCAAACUGUACUGAAAGGGUGUCAAAAUAUGUUUGUGAGAAGCCUCUGAUGGAAGCUGCCAUCUUCUGGCUUGUAAAAGACUUCCAAGGCAAUAAAGCUGCACCUAUUCAGAUUUAGGCUGGCCAACAGCUAAAAACCAAACUGAUUCCCCUAUCCACACAAGCAAGGUGGAUGGAGGAGUGCCCACUCUUCCUUGCCCACUCUUCCUUGCCCACUCUUCCUUGCCCACUCUUCCUUGCCCACUCUUCCUUGCCCACUCUUCCUUGCCCACUCUUCCUUGCCCACUCUUCCUUGCCCACUCUUCCUUGCCCACUCUUCCUUGCCCACUCUUCCUUGCCCACUCUUCCUUGCCCACUCUUCCUUGCCCACUCUUCAUUCCCCACUAUGCCAUUAUAUUCUAACAGCAGGACUCAGAAUACACUCAUCAGCAGCUGAAACCACUAA